AUGCAGGACCUGGCUUGGCAGGGCGGCCUCCUCAGGGAAGAAAUCGGGAAGCAAGCUGUGCUAUUUAGCGUUGACUUUGAUCUCUGCUUCUGGCAUCUGGGGAGGGUGGGUGCCACAAGACAGCUGGAUGUGUUUGUGGCCACUUCCCAGGGCAUGGGGAGUGGCAGUGUCCUGGCCUUCUGGGGACCUGGCCAUCAGUUUUGUGAAGGGAUGCGGCAGGGAAGGGGAAGCCUGCGGUCCAGGAGGAGGUGCCUCGUGGUGCUCCUUGCAGUCUUUGCUCUCUCUGAGGUUAAUGCCAUCACCAGGGUUCCUCUGCACAAAGGGAAGUCGCUGAGGAGGACCCUGAAGGAGCACGGGCUCCUGGAAGACUUCCUGAGGAAUCAUCAUUAUGUGGUCAGCCGGAAGCACUCCAACUCUGGGGUGGUGGCCAGCAAGUCUCUGACCAACUACCCGGAUAAAUCUCGGAGCUGUGGUAGAGGCAGUCUCCCUGCUCUCAGUCACCGCCACAAGAGGCUGGCUGACCCAGCAAAGGCAGUGCUCCUGCCUGCCAGCUCUGAAGGCCACCACCAGGAGGGUCUCCAACAUGUGGACCCCCACCAGACUGUGGGCCUGAGCACCCAGGAACCUGGCGACAUCUUCACCUACUCCGAGUCUGACGGGAUCCUGGGGCUGGCCUGUCCCUCUCUUGCCUCUGUGUAGUCAGUGCCCAUGUUUGACAACAUGAUGCAGAGGCACCUGGUGGCCCAAGACCUGUUCUCAGUCUACAUGAGCAGGAAUGACCAGGGGAGCCUGCUCACACUGGGGACCACUGACCCGUCCUACUACACAGGCUCCCUGCACUGGAUACCCGUGACUGUGCAAGAAUACUGGCAGUUCACUGCGGACAGUGUCACCAUCGAUGGCGUGGUGGUGGCCUGUGACGGUGGCUGUCAGGCCAUUCUGGACACUGGCAUCUUCCUGCUGGUGGGGCCGGGCAGUGACCUCUUCAACAUCCAGCAGGCCAUUGGAGCCACCGCGGGCCAGUACGACAAGUUUGACAUCGACUGCAGGUGCCUAAGCAGCAUGUCCACGGUUGUCUUCGAGAUCCACGGCAGGAAGUACCCCCUGCCACCCUCCGCCUACACCAGCCAGGACCAGGGCUUCUGAACCAAUGGUUUCCAGGGUGACUAUAGUUCCCAGCAGUGGAUCCUGGGGGAUGUCUUCAUCCGGGAGUAUUACAGCAUCUUUGACAGGGCCAAUAACCAUGUGGGGCUGGCAAAGGCUGUCUGA